AUGACCCCGGACAAUCAACGGGGAAAUCGAUUGAAAGCAAUGCCUCGGGAGGUUGUGGGACGUGGGCAAUCGAACGAGAGAAAAGUGAGAGUUUUUAUGAACUCCACCCACCUGCGACAACCAAGAAUCUUGCGAACAAAUGAAGAAGUUCGCUUGGUGAAAUGGAUCAUCUACAUGGCUAGAGCAGGAUUUCCCGUAAGCGAAUCUGUUUUGACCAACACCGUCAAAGAUUUGGCUGACCAGAUCCGAAAAACUCGAAAUGUACCAGCUUCCUUUCCAAGUAAGAACUGGGUGCAUCGAUUCCUUAAAAGACAUCCGAAAAUUACAAAAAAGUACACAUCCCACCUCUCACGAUCUGGCGCCAACGUAACAGAGGAUCUUCUCCGGAGUUGGUUUCUCGAAGUGGAGAGUAUACUGGCCGAGGAAGGAAUCGACCUGUCCAUUUUUGGCAACCCCAAACGAAUUUUUAAUUUCGAUGAGUCGGGAUUUCAACUGGUUCCCAAAGAUUUCAAAGCUCUUUGCGAACAAGGCGUUGAGAAUGUCUACAUGGUUAGCAAUAACUCAGAUAAAGAGUGUUUUACCGCUCUUUUCGGGUGCAAUGCGGAUGGUGACUUGACUCCGCCAAUGAUUCUCUACCCUGGUAAAAGGAUCAGCCAAGAAAUCGUUCAAAACGUCCCAGAGGGUUGGUCGGUAGGUGUGUCUGACGAAGGAUGGCAAACAGCCAAGACCUUCUUCGAGAACAUAACAAAUGACUUUUACCCAUGGCUUGUCAAAACGGGAGCUGAAUUUCCAGUUGUUGUUUUUCUGGACGGCCAUAAAAGCCAUAUCAACAUUGAAUUAACAGAGUUUUGCUUGAACAAACGGAUAAUACUAAUCUCUCUCUACCCUAAUUCUACGAGAAUUCUUCAGCCACUGGACCGAAUGUUCUUUGGACCAUUCAAAGCCAUUUGGAUAAAGGAUAAAGCUGAAGGACUUUUUUAUACGGAGCCACUGAAUCCAAAUGAAAGUCUCACUUUGGAUUUUAUUGUUGACCCGGAAGGCGAGUGCGUCUUUAUGCCCCAACCAAAUGGAGGAAACGAUGAUUAUGCAACUGCAAACGGUGCUCCAAAUUCACGUGAUGCCUCCCUCGAUCAUUGUGAAAUAUUUGAGAAUUCAGCUUCCACAUCUGAAUCGCGAAUCCAGCAUGACGCAAACGCUAAGCAAACAUCAGAACAUGUUCCACUGGCUGAGAUAUCUACAUCAGUGUCUAAUAUAGAACCAGCGUAUGUACAAUCUGACGCAACGGAAGCACCGAAUGUGCUAUCUACCUUGACUUGCAAGCAGAAAGAUCCAUUCGAUAAAGUGCUGAUCUGGCCAAGAAUUGAGCCGCCUAAGAAAGGAGAUCGUAAGCGUCGUGGUCAAGAACAUGUGCCAUCGGUGGCUACCAGUGAACGGUGGCUACAAUGGUUCAAGAAGAAGGAUCAGGAAAAGCAAGAAAAAGAAGUUGCGCAGAAAGCCAGGCUGGAAGAGCGCAAGCGUCUAAAAGAGAAAAAAGAAGAAGAGAGGUGUCAGCUGCAAAAGAAGAAGGAAGAGGCCAAAAAAGCCAAGAUAGUAGAGCGAAAAAACCUGAAGGAGAAGCGAGAAGAAAUGAAACGUACAAAGGCUGCUACCAAGAAGAAUAAAGAAAACCACGGGAUGAGGAAGAAGGCUACCGAAUCUCCUGCAGCUGAUGAGUGA